AUGUCCAAUUUAUCAUCAUUCCUAGUUCGCCGAGCUACUCAAUAUUAUCCAAUUCGUCAAAUUCAUUUAACAAGAUAUUUUUAUAAUCAACGAUAUUUCACUAAAAAACAUGAAUGGGUAGAAUUAACUGAUGCAAAUAACAAGCAAAACGAAGUUCGUAUUGGAAUUAGUGAUUAUGCUCAACGUGCUCUUGGUGAUGUUGUUUAUUGUGAACUACCAUCAAUUGGUGCAAAGUUUAAAGGCGAUGAUACCUUUGCAACAUUAGAAUCUGUUAAAGCAGUAUCAGAUUGUUAUAUGCCAGUUGACGGUGAAGUAUCAGGUGUGAAUGAAAAAUUAAAAAAUGAAGCAGAUCUAAUUAAUAAAAGUCCAUAUGCAAAUGGGUGGCUUAUUCAAGCUGUUGUUGAUGAAAAAACGAAGAAUUAUAUAACAAAAAGCUUAAUGAAUGAAAAUCAAUAUAACAAGUUUUUGGAAACAACUAAAGAAGCUGAUGAUCAUUAA